AUGGAUUUCUUGGGUCCGCUUCCAUCCAAUGAGUAUUUGGUGGUAAUCGUGGACUAUUACAGCCGAUAUAAAGAAAUAUGUAUAAUGAAGAAAAUCACUUCCGAAGAAACCAUAAAGCGUCUAGAACCAAUUUUCGUUCGUCAGGGCUAUCCUAGAUCGAUUACUUUGGAUAAUGGACGACAGUUCAUCAGUAAAGAUUUUGAAGACUAUUGUUCAACAAGGAAUAUUGUACUGAACCAUACCGCUCCAUACUGGCCACAAGCCAAUGGAGAGGUAGAACGGCAAAACAAUUCACUGUUGAAACGUCUCAAGAUUAGCCACUCACUAAACCGAGAUUGGAAGACGGAUCUACUCCAGUAUAUGAUGAUGUACAACACAACUCCUCACUCGGUAACAGGCAAAGCACCUACUUCCUUGUUGCAGAACCGAGUAAUUCGUUCAAAGAUGCCAUCUAUCAAGGACCUCGAAUCAGCACCACCAGUCAGCUCUGGAGUUCAUGACAGGGAUACAGUGUUAAAAUAUAAAGGAAAGGAGACUGAAGAUGCAAGACGUCACGCCAGACCAUCGGAUAUUCAAGUAGGAGACAAAGUCCUUUUGCAAAACCUCGUUUCAGCUGGCAAGUUAACUCCUACAUAUGAUAAAGCGGAAUAUGAAGUAUUAGAAAGAGUUGGAAAUCGAGUGAGAAUAGCAGAACCAGUGUCUGGACGAGUCAUCGAGAGAAAUGUAGCCCAUGUGAAGAAGAUUCCUGCUUUUGAUCUUAGCCCUGGAAUCGAAGAACUUCCAGCAAUCGAGGAUGAGCCACCCGCUUUAGAAUUUGGAUCUGUACCUCGCCCUUGUCGCCGCGUGACCCGUCCUUUGUGGCAACAAGAUUACAUCAUCCACUCUACUGAGGACGCUUAG